GGGCUGGUGCAGGGGGCGCCUGGGGUCCAAGGCCAGCGGGAGCUGCAGUGCAGGGACGGGGCGGGCUUUGCUGGGGAGGGUCCCAGCGCCGCUGGCUUCCCUCCAGCCCGGCCUCCGCAGCGCUCCCGGGCUGCUGAGCCGCAGCUUGGCGGCUCUUCUCUGCGGCGAGCGGGGGAGGCGCCGUCGGCACCGAGCCCCGCGCCCGGGCAGCCGCCGCAGCCCCUCUGCGCGAGCAGGUGCGAUGCGAGCCCCGCUGUGCCCGGAGCGCUGAGCAGCGAGGCCGCGCUAGCUGCCGCCUGCGGGCCCCGGCAGGAUGAGCGGAGCGGAGAGCACUAACUUCAGGCGCAUGGCGAUCCGGCGGAAAUCCAGCCCGACCCUGCGCAGCUCGGCCCUGGUCUUUGCUGCCCCCGCUGCAGGAGGCAGGUUCUGCCGGCCGCCGGGAAAGGAGGCUCGGGAGGAAGCAGCAGACAGCAGCACCUGUCCAAAGAGUCUCUUAACUAAAUCUUGCUCAGCAAAUAGCACAACCUGGCUAGUCAAGCAGAACGUAUGCAAUGAAGCGGCUCAGGGAAUAAAUGGAAACGUGCCAGUUAAACAAUCCCCACGUUCAGCUUCAAAUCCAAAGCCACAAGUGCCUCCAAAGCCAGUGCAUCUGCAGAAUUCAUUUUUAUCCAUCACACACCAAACCCCUAUGCGGAAAGCUUUACCUACUGCACAAGCAAGAAUGGAGGAAGUCACACCUACCUCUGCUUCUUGUGUGUCAAAGGAAAAACCCCACAAGGUGUCAGAUCUCAUCAGUCGUUUUGAAGGAGGCAGUCCCUCAAGUCCUAGUGAUUUGAAGAAAGAAACCUCUGUUGUAAAGGUUGCUAAAUCUCAAGGAAGAUAUGGGUCAGCAUCACCUCAGCCAAAACUCCUCUCCCAACACCCACUACAAAAGCAGGGAAAUAAUACAGAUCAAACUCAGGUUGUACAGAAACACAGGGCCAAUGGAGUAGUAGCACAAGGCCAGAUGGAAUGCAAGGACAAUAAAUUACUGGAACAUAGCACCAAUACAUCCACUCCAGCUUCAGAGAUUGCAGUCAACAGUAACUUAGUAAAUGGGGAACAAGAAAGCACUACUACAGACUCACUCCAAGCUACAACGGUCUGCACAGGGCAAACUCUUGACUGCUGCAGGACUCCAAGCAGGGACACACUGUUCCUAUCUGAAAAUGAAACUGUAGAAACUAAUACUAAUGUAGAGGAAAAACAGAAUGAGGACCUCAAUAAGGAAGAGGAGCAUGUAGAAGCAAAGGAGACAGAUGAGGAGAAACGUCACAAAAUUGCUGAUGAGCUUUUGCAUACGGAAAGAGCCUAUGUCAGCCGACUUGACCUCUUAGACAAGGUAUUCUAUGGCAGAUUAUUGGAGGAAGCGAACAGGGGUUCAUUUCCAGCUGAGGUGGUCAAUAAAAUCUUUUCUAAUAUUUCAUCGAUCAAUGCCUUCCACAGUAAAUUCUUGCUUCCGGAGCUUGAGAAAAGAAUGCAAGAAUGGACUGGGACCCCCAGAAUUGGAGAUAUUCUGCAGAAGUUAGCUCCUUUCCUCAAGAUGUAUGGAGAGUAUGUGAAAAACUUUGAUAAUGCAAUGGAACUGGUGAAAAUGUGGACUGAGCGGUCACCUCUAUUCAAAUCCAUUAUUCAGGACAUUCAGACACAAAAAGUCUGUGGGAGUUUGACAUUGCAACAUCAUAUGCUAGAACCAGUACAACGCAUUCCACGCUAUGAGAUGCUACUAAAGGACUACCUACGGAAACUGCCUCAAGAUUCCCUAGACUGGAAGGAUGCUGAAAAAUCCCUGGAAAUUAUUUCCACAGCAGCCAGUCACUCCAAUAGUGCUAUACGAAAAAUGGAGAAUCUAAAGAAGUUGUUGGAAGUGUAUGAGAUGUUGGGAGAAGAGGAAGAUAUUGUGAACCCCUCAAAUGAGCUGAUAAAAGAAGGACAGAUCCUUAAACUUGCUGCUCGUAAUACAUCCGCCCAAGAACGAUACCUUUUCUUAUUCAACAACAUGUUGCUGUAUUGUGUACCCAAAUUCAGUUUGGUGGGAUCCAAGUACUCCGUGCGAACAAGAGUUGGUAUUGAUGGUAUGAAGAUUGUAGAAACACACAAUGAAGAGUAUCCAUGCACUUUCCAGGUGUCUGGAAAAGAGCGAACACUGGAGUUGCAGGCCAGUUCUGAACAAGAUAAGGAAGAAUGGAUAAAGGCUCUUCAGAAUACCAUAGAAGCUUUUCAUCAGAGGAAUGAAACCUUCAGAAAUGCCAUUGCAAAAGAAUAUGAGGACAUGCCCAUUGAAGUUUCUAAGGCUGAGCUUGGGAAGAGAGCACCAAGAUGGAUCCGAGACAAUGAAGUAACAAUGUGCAUGAAAUGCAAAGAGCCCUUCAAUGCACUGACGAGGAGAAGGCAUCAUUGUCGAGCAUGUGGACAUGUGGUUUGCUGGAAAUGUUCUGAUUAUAAAGCUCAUCUUGAAUAUGAUGGCAAUAAAUUGAACAAAGUUUGUAAGGACUGCUAUCAGAUUAUAAUGGGUUGCACAGACAGUGAAGAAAAGAAAAAGAAAGGCAUCUUGGAGAUUGAAUCAGCUGAAGUCUCUGGAAACAGUGUCAUAUGUAGCUUUCUUCAAUAUAUGGAAAAAUCAAAGCCUUGGCAGAAAGCUUGGUGUGUUAUUCCUAAACAUGAAGCUCUCGUGCUAUACAUGUAUGGUGCUCCACAGGAUGUUAAAGCUUUGGCUACAAUUCCACUACUGGGCUAUGCAGUAGAUAACACUCCAAGAAGUGCUGACCUCCCGCAUAGCUUUAAACUGACCCAGUCCAAAUCUGUACACAGCUUUGCAGCAGACAGCGAGGAACUGAAACAAAAAUGGUUGAAAGUCAUCCAUUUAGCUGUCAAAGGUGAGACACCAGAAUGUCAAAAUGAAUUGCAGAUGAGUUUAGAGGAGCAGCCUGAAUCUUCUAAAAAAUCCGAAUGCUGAAGCUCAAGACCACGUUCUGUUUUAAAAUAAUCCAGUCAGAUUCUUGGUUAAUUUUGUCUUUGUUCAAGCAAAAGAAGCAAAUUCUCCUAAUGACUACAUGCAUCUCUUAGCACUUUAUGUUGAAAAGAUACUGAUCUAUUUAGAGAUCACUUUCUUAUAUUUAUGUUCUGUCAAUGAAGUUAAUGUACAGACCCAUUCCACAGAAUUUUUUUUAAAAAAACAUAAAUGCCAUUAAAAGAACAAAACCUAUUAACUUUAGUGUACUUCUUGUUUGUCUCAAAGUAAAUUGCAUUGUAUGAUUCACUUGCUAUUGGGUUAAAGUUUGCUACUUUAAUAAAGAAUGUGGAUAUUUGAUGUAUCCUUUACAUGUUAAGACUUUAUCAGUAUAAAAGAUAUACCUCCACAUUGCCAAAAUAGAUCUGUAGUGAAAUAUACUGGGACAGUUUGGUUUAUUGUAUCUAGUUUAUAGAAUUACUUACACAAUGCUGUACAUAUGUUAUAUUCACUUUUUUAAUGCAAAUUGCUUUUAUAAUAAUUGGCUUUUGUCAGUUUAUCAGGAAAAGAAUCUAAUUGUUUCAGUUUAGAAAUUCAUUGCUAAAAUAAAAGUACAAUAUAUGUACAGUGUUAGAAAAAAUUGUACUUGAUUUUGCUUCAUGAAGUACAUAGGUUCUUAUUAGUCUAUAAUUUAUUUAAAAUAAAGCAUGUCUUCUCUUGCAAAUUAAGCAGAGGGUUCUCAAUUGAAAAAAAUCACUCUUUAGUGAUUUAACUAAUUUACACCUACUGAUCUUAUUUUUAUACAUUACGAAUUUUUAAAAAAUAGCAGUAAUUUAAGUGGCAUGUAAUGGAUUUGUGAAUUCCAGCUGUGUUUUUAAAAAAGAGUAGUCUUCUCUCUUUUUUUUGGUUCUGUGCCUGUUAUCUUUUCAAGGUGCCGGUGCUACCUUUCUAAAAUACAGUAUGUGCUUUAGCAAUUAACAUCCUGAUCUUAAAUGAUCUUCUGGGAUCAUAUUUUUUUGCCUUUAUGGUCAUUGGAACACUUGUACGUGUUUAAAGUGUUUUAACUUUCACAAAUACACAUAUUGCAUCAGCUAGUGAUAACUAAAAACUAUCUGCAAGGAUUAUACAUCAUACUGUAUGUUAGAGCCUUUUUGUAUGAACUCGGAUAUAAAGUCUGAUCCUGCAAUUCUUGACUUGCAUGAGUAGUCCUUACUCCUAUUGAGUUCACUAGGACUGCUCUUGGGAAUAAAGACUUACCUGUGUGAGUCAGGCUUUGACUGUUGGGCCCGUGAUGAAUCUUCAUUUCUAAUAGUCUUUUAUGUAGGGACAAAUGACUCUGCUAUAAGAGGAUUCCUCUGUAACAUUUUAGAUGGACUAUAAGUCUUUAUAGUGCAUAUGCAAUGCCUGGCUCUCUAAUAGAACAAGUUAAUCAAUUUCUGACUUAAAAAAACCAAAUGAAAUCUUUUAUUUUCUAAAAUACAGCAAUUAGUUAAGAUGGUCCCAAGACACAAAAUUCAGAUUUAGAUAGUCUUCUCAAAAACUCUGGGGGAUAGGCGCAAUCAAAACUCUGGAUCCAUCUUUACAAAUAGAUAAAAAUCAGUAACUUGAAUCAAGAUUUACUUUACCCCCAAAAUUUAUUUUGUCACUCUGACAGACCUUACUUUUUUUUUCCUUUUUCUUUUUUUUUUAUCAUUGAGGGUGAAAGAUUAUCCUUCAGUCAACUGUUGUACUUGGGUAUAGUCAUUCACCUAAUGUCAUUUACUUCUGUGCAUCCCAAAUCUGUCUGUAUUGCCCAAUACUUAGGGAGACCAGGGUGAGUGUAAGGCAGUCACAGCAAAUUCUGUGCUAACUCUUAUGCACCCUCACUGAACUCAGUGGGCCAGAUUCUCAUCUCAGUUGUACUAGUAUAAAUCUGGUGUAACCCUCUGAUUUCAGCGGAGUUAGUCCAGAUUUUUACCCAAGCAAGAUCAGAAUCUGGCCUCAUAAAGUUGCCCAGGAUGUAUGUCAUUGCAGUGUUUGUCCCUUGGUCUUCACUUAGUUUAGACUGCUCUGCAUGUAAUUCUGUUCACUACUUUAUUUUAAUGCAGUAUAUAAUAUAUAACUUAUUUUAUUUAAAAAAAAAUCCUUUGGCAGUGUAAAGAAAUUCAAACCACUUUUACAGUUCAUAGUAUGUCCCUUAAAGUUGGGCCCUCUCAUACCCUUAGAUUCAUGCUGGUGUACAGGGGCAAACUAACGCAUGGAUCUGCUCAUCUCACUCAGAAAGUGCAGGGUGACUUGGCCUCCUCUGUAGUAGCAUUGCCUUCUUUCCCCCAAAUGGUACUGUCUCCUGGGGACAUGCAGGCUUAGGGCAUGGAAACACAUAGGCUGAGCUCUGGCCAGAAAGAACUGCCUGGGGGUCAGUAUUAUAUCUUUCCAUGACCAUUCUCCUCAGUGGAGAUCUGCCUUCAAAAGGAGUUCCCAAGGCAACUGCUGAUUUCUGAGAGCCUUGUCAGUGCAUCUUGAGUGGGGAUAUCAUUGUCAAUACCCUGGAAAUCAUGUAGAUUCUGCAUGAUCCGUGAGGUUUCAGGACCUGUUCCAUGAAUGGACAACUCCCUCACCCACCCAAUAGAAAGGAAUCAUGUAAGGAAAACCUCAGGUUUAUUCUCCUUUGUCCCCUCCCACAGGAAGGGAUGAUCUGGACUGGAAAUAAUAAUAUAUAGCACUAAUAAAGUGCUUCAUAUUUUCAAAGCACUUCCCAAACAUUAACUCAGUCUUCCUUUUGAGGCACAUAAGUAGGCAAUAUUUUCCCCAUUUUCCUAGAUAGGGAAAACUGAGAAGCAAAGAGAUUAGGGUCUGACUGUUUUGAGAGAGGCUAAGUACCUGCAACCGCUUCAGUUGGAGUUGUGGACAGUAGUCAGCACCUCUGAAAGACCAAGCCCUAAAUGACUUCUUCCAAAAUCAGACUCUGAAUUAGGGAUUAAGCCAGAAUCAGAAGUCAGGUGUUCCAGUACCUGGUCCUUUCUCAUUCCUGGUCCAUGUUAGCUCAUUUUGAGCCAUUAAAGUUUGUGUAAAUCUGUAAUUAGGUUUUUGACCCAAUAAUUUAUUUCAUUUUAUUAUCAUAAAACUGUCUGCUCAAAGCCUAUUCCCUUCUCAGUCAGCACAUAAUGGGAGACUCUGAAAAGCAAGAAUUAUUUGAUUGUUGUGUGCAUUCUACAAGUAUAAACACAGGCCAACCAUUCUGGACAAAAAGAUAGACAGUGAAGGAGAGAGGUUGCUUUUCUGGACCCAGUGACAACUCUUCCAAGUAUUUUACCCAGUACCUCACAGACUAAUCCACAUACCCGAAUGUGAAAGCUUCUGUUUAAUUUUAAGGUAUAUGUUCUGACUGCAAAGACACAGACUGAAAGUGGUAACUGCUAUGCUUUAAUUCCCAUGAUGAUAGAACAUCUGAAUUAUGGAGGAAAAAAAUUGUCUUUCCAACCCAACAGUUUAGAUUGUGUCCAAAUUUCAGCCCUGAGUGAGUUUUUUGUGAGUUCCCUAAAGAAAACAUUGACAAAUGUUUAAUUUUAGUAGCAUGAAGAGAUGCUACAUAUGUGUAAGUGACAAAUGGGCAUUCAUUUAUUAUGUAUGUGAAUGCCUUAGCUACAGUAUUUAAGCUUUGUGACCCCUAUAUUCGAGAAGUGCUCAUUUUAAAAUGUUUUAUGUGAUGGAGGAUAUUUUUGUGCAAUUUAGAGCUUAUCAGACAUUUGACUACUUACUGUUUUUGUCAGAUUUAAGGGGUUUUUUCUGUAUUCCACUAGAACUAUGGCUAAUCAAAAAGCUUUAGUCACAUUUAUUUGGCAAAUAAUGGUAAAAUUUACAUUAUUUUUUCAGCAUAUUUUUCCUGAUGUCUGCAAGCACAGAAUCUCAUUUGGGUAACCCUUUGCAUUAUUUUUAAUGUGUCUUAAACAUUUCUGUACUACUGUUCCUAUCUAUUUUAUUAUGGCUUCAUGUAAUUACACUUGAACGAUUAAAGGCUGUUAAAGCCUGUAGUAUCUUGCAGCUUCAACUCUAUUGACUUUGACAGGAGUAUUUUUUGUAUUUAAAUACCCCAGUUCGACAGGAAAAUAUUUUUUGCAAAAAGCAAGCACUGAAAAAGGAAAACAUUCCCUUCCCAUUGGAGUGGAAUGUUGAAAAUAUGUAAAGUAUGUGUGCGCAUCAUAUAAUUGCAGCUUUUUACAAAGAGGAUCUCAAAGCUCUUUACUAACCUUUAAUAAGCCUCAUAAUACCCUUGUGGGGUUAGAGGUGUAUUAUUCCUUCCAUUUUAAUAUAUGGGGUAAAUUGAGGCAGAGAAACUAAAUACAGAACACAUAUCCCAAGCCUGUAUAGGUUUUAGAAGAGGUUACAGACAAGGAUUCAAACAGGGUCUAAGUAGAGUGGUCAAAACUUUGAAACUUGAAAAGAUGGGGAAAACUUCAAAAACUUUAAAUCUUUUCCCCAUUUUUACUAUGGCUGUAGUUGGUCAAACUUUUAAUUUCAAAAGGAAAACAUUGAAUUCCAAAAAAAGUGGCCAUUUUUUCACUUUUUUUUUUAACGAGUUCUAGUUCUAAGAACACCUGUUUUCUUACAGGAAGUUUUAAAAAUGUUAACUAUGGAAAUAAUUCUAAAUAAUGAAUUUGAGACCCAUCCAUGAAAGUAUGUAGGGACAGAUCCUGAGCUGGUGUCAAUUGGCAUAGCUCCGAUGGAGCCUAAACAGCUCUGAUGUUUUACGUUAGCUGUAUAUCUGGCUUAUAUUCUCUGAAGGCAUGCGCAUGACAACCGGGAUCGCUCCAUCUUUAGAUGUGCUGCUGCUACUGCCAUUCACCUGGACUCAUAGGACCAGAGCCAACUUCAAAUUGAUUUCAGCGGGAGGGAGCUGGAUCGAGUUCAUAACCCUCUAUCACACUAUUGCAAUCUCCAAAACAACUAACAAUGGCGUAGGUGAGACUAAGCAGGUGGAAGUCCUUGAGAACAAAUGAUCUGUUUUCAGGCAGAUAAUUCAAAUAAUAAAGAAUGGGGGUGGGCAAUACCAACAAUUGUAUGCGCAGAAUCUUCUAAUGCUUAAAAAAAAAAAAAAAUUGGCGAGGUGUGUAUGGGUCUAACUCUGUAGUGUACGGUUUGUGAUGACUUAAAAUGAACUAUAAAAAGGAGACCUUGUUUUAUCCCAGCUGUUAUCUACUUCAUGGCCAUCUUGGUAAGAGGCAGUUAACUUGCCAAUAUGGUUCUGACCAAUUGGACUGUAGUGGAAUAUAUUCUUUGGAUGGAAAUUUACAUAUGCCAAUCAGAUUGCUUUUUUUAGUCCUCUCUCCUUUUUAUAAAACAAUAGGGAGGCUUAAUUAACAUAUAUUUUUAAGACAAUUAUAAUAGACUGAUGUGAUUCAGACAGCAUUUUACAAUCAAAAGUACACUGUGAUUUAAAAAUAUAAGUAGUCUUUUGACAAAAUUGUAUAUACCUUAAGGGGAUAAAAAUCAAUACAUAAGUAGAUCUACUUUAGUUGCCUGUUUACUGUUUCCAACUGAUUUACAAGCUGAAAUUCAGUCUAAGUAUUCAGCUAAAUAUUCAGUGUGGUUUUUGUACUGCCUCUUCAUUAAAUUAUUCUCACAUUUAUUCAUGGCAUUGUCAUCCCCAUCCCUCCAAAUAAAUGUAGAUUUUUUUUCUCGACAAAAUGGUAAAAGCAGAUGAUUUCCAUGAAUAAAACAUGUUGUUUCUGUCAAUGUGUGAUACUAACCUACUUCAAUUUAUAGUUUAUCCUUGUGGAUUCAUUAACUAUUUAUGGUGGCAAUGUUCAAGAAAGGGAAGGGAACUGUGUCAAAGCCUCUUUUACACAGAGGUGCCAUAAUGUUUAGAGGAAGGAGAGCAAGUUUGUUAUGCAUGGGGAACAAUUUGCAAUAGAAGAAGGAUAUUUUACAUACAGUAAGAUAUCUCCUGCUACCACUUAAGCUAAUGGGAGUUACUGUUUGCUUCAGUGGGAGUUGGAUCAGCCCUACUGUGUAAUGUCCGCUAUACAUGCAGUGCAUUAGAACCUCUCAAUUAUGAAAACACUGUGUUCAGUUUAAUUUGGAAGAAACUGAUUUUUUUUAAUUUAAAAAAACCCAACCCUAAUGUUUCAAAGAAGUGUAAAUUUUGCUCUGAUUUUACACUGAAUUGCAAAAUUUCAAAAAAGAGGCAAAAUUUAAGUUGUGCAAAUAUAAGUGGCAAUUUUUCUGGUCAAGAAAUAUAUGAAUGUAAAAUAUUUGCAGAUAUUGUAUAUAUUUUCUGUAACAUAUGUAUAUUUGGUCAUAAAGAUGGGAGCUGGUGUAUUGUAAAAUUAAGCACUUUAAUUCCUGUUGAAUACUUAGUUUGUAUGCUGUAAAAUAAAAGCAUCAUUAAGUACUGUU